AUGAUUGCUCUUGCAUAUUUAUACAUUAUUUUUUCACUUUUUUCUAAUGUAACUUUGGCAGAAAAAUGUACUUAUACAGUUCCAACUAAUGGAUAUACAACAACAUACGAAAUAGAAUGUGACAAAACAACUAAUAGUGGAUCAGGAACUAAUGUUCCAACACAAAGUCAGGUUUAUUAUGAUCCAACAUAUUUUAAUCGUAUUAACAGUGGUCAAAAUUAUAUAGGUAAUUACAAUCUCAAUCCAAAUCCAAAUACUAUUUAUUAUACUGAUACAAAUGGCAUUAAUUACCAAUACAGUAGUAAUAGUAACAAUCAACCAUGUAUUUGUGGAACUAUGAAUUGUCAAUGUACCAAUACAAUAUAUUACAAUCCUUCAAAUGGUGGUUCUUCUGGAUGUUAUGGAAAUGAUUCACAACUUCGAAAUAGGCCAAGAGGUUUAGGUUUACUUACACUUCCAACAGGAGUUGCAGAUGAAAGAACAGGACCAUUUGUACCAGGAUUGUAUGUUGCUGGAGAUAAACCAUCAUUAAAACCACAAACUGUUGAAGAUAUUCAUUUACCUGGUCAGACUGCUCAUUUUUCAGGAAGAACAAAAUUUGAUCCAUUUACACAAGCUGUUGCCGCAGUAUAUACAGAAGAUUUGAUUGAUUCUUGGGGUUUUGGUUAUGCAGUAAAUGGAGUAAAUAAUUAUGGAUUAAAAGUAAAAGAAAAUUUUGAUCAAUUUGCUGAUGUACCUUUAUUUGGAAGUAAUGGUGGUAUGCAACCAUUUAUAAAUAGUUUUGUUGUUGGUUCAGAAUUUGAUUUAAAAAAGAUAAAAGAUGUUGCUGCUAAUGUUGAACUUCCUAUAUUAGGUUUAAAUGAAAUGUUUGACUUUGAUGGAAAACUUUUUGUUAAAGGAAAUGCAAAUGGAGUGUUCCAAGGAUAUUGGGAUUUACCAUUAACGUUAUCUGAUCCUCAAGAGCGUGCAGCAGGAUCAAUGAAAUAUCUUAAUUAUCAAGCAGAUAGACAUUAUCAUUAUGGUCAUACAAUGCCAAGUCUUAACCUGUUCCUAUUAGACAAAGAAAAAAUAAUACAACGACUUACUCGCAAUCGUGCAAAUCCUGCAUUUGUUGGUUAA